GAGCAGUAUAAAAGUGGGUCCUUCUGCUCACUCUCUCAUCCACUCCUUUGCCUCCAUCUUAUUGGGAACAAGACAUGUCCUGCUCCACCCCGUGCCUGCCCUGCCAGCCCUGCGGGCCCACCCCGCUGGCCAACAGCUGCAAUGAGCCCUGUGUCAGGCAGUGCCAGGACUCCACCGUGGUCAUCCAGCCCUCCCCCGUGGUGGUGACCCUGCCUGGGCCCAUCCUCAGCUCCUUCCCACAGAACACCGCCGUGGGAUCCUCCACCUCCGCUGCCGUUGGCAGCAUCCUCAGCUCUCAGGGAGUGCCCAUCAACUCCGGGGGCUUUGGCCUCUCUGGGCUGGGCAGUGGCCUCUGUGGCAGGAGCUGCUUCCCCUGCUAA